AUGCCCGUCGUGACCAACUACCUGGCGCCCGAACGGCAGGCACCCAGAACACUCACGGCGCAGGCAGAGGCGUCGUCGACGGCGGCCCUCCCACACCCCGCUCCGCUCCUCCCCAUCCCCGAAGCAAACUUCAUCCCCCUCUACGUCCUCCUCGCCCUCGUGCCCCUGACCUUUCUCGCCGUCGGCCUCUGGGCCUGCCGCCUCGAGCGCAGAGCAGCCCGCGUCCAGGCCAGCGGCGACGUCGAGCUCCAGACCCUCCGAACCUUCUGGUUCCCCUGGCGCGAGGCCGUCGAAGUCAGCCCCCCGCCACCAGCCGUCGCCGCCGAGACAGCCACGCUCGCUCCGGGAUCUGCGGCGAACCAGGGGACCCACAGCAGCGAACAGGCGGCGGCGGCGGCGGUGGCCCUCGCUGAUGGCGCAAAUCGUCUGCUCUCCCGUCUCCGCGCCGGCGAGGCAACGACGACCCUGCCCACGACCAUCAAGGACUGGCGCUCCGUCCACGCGGCGCUGCUGCCGCAUCGCUUCGGCCCGUCGCCGUUCCCGGGUCGUGGUGCUCACGGUGACGGCGGCCCGGUGAGUCCCACUAUCUCGGCGCCCUCCUUCAUCGGCUCCUCGGUGGUCUCUAUUGGCGCCGGGCCGGAUGACCUGAGGAGCAGCUGGGUCUCUGGUAGAGCUGCUGCUCCUGCUGCUGCCCCCUGCAAGGUUGUGAGGUUCGCUGGCGAAGGCUAUGAAGAAGAAGAAGACGAAGACGACGGCAAGGGCAAGGGACGGGCUGGCAUCCAGGUCACGACUCGCUCGGUCGUUGUCAGCAACCCGCAGAAUGGGGAAAUGUUCUGA